AUGGGAGGGGACGCGUGGAGGGGAGCGGGGUGGGGGGGGAGGGGGGUGCGCUUUCGGUGGGGGGUUGCGGGCGACCCUGGGGUGGAGAUGGGGGUCGGCGGUGCGGACCGUGGUAGGGGGGGGGGUGACGGGGGGGGAGGAAAUGGGGGCGGGCGCGGGGUGGGGGGUGUGGGUCAUAGGGGGGCGGUGAUGGGCUUAGAGGAGAGGGUGUGCGGAGAAGUUUGUGUCUUGGGGGGGAGGAAGUGGCUUUUGUGGAGAUGGGAGUUGGGGGUGAGGGGGGGGGGGGGGGGGCAGAGUGGGGGGUCGGCCGGGGGGUCUAGGUGA